CAUUUUGUUGCAAUUCAGACGGAGUCGGGAGAGAGAAGUGGCGCCGUACGGCCACUUUGAACACCACAGAAACUUCGAAAGAAACGGAUUUGUAGGAAAUAUAGCUUGCUGUAGUUCCUACAAAGUCCGCCGAGGGAUUUCAAAGGCUGAUCUCACAUUUCUCUGACGAAGGGCUUCAUCGACCAAGCCUGAAGAAGUCGGUCUGCGACUUCUUGGAGCAUCGUGCGCCGAGGUGAGUUGAUGUUCAGCUCGGCUCCACGGCAAAACAGCGCUCAUUGGCACAUGAAAACCUCAGAUCUUGCUGGACACAAAAGUGCAGUGAGAAGUAGACUGGAAACUACUUCGAGGACCUGGGGCCCGAUUGGAGGUGAAAGAUUGAAGAGAGAUCUCUGUUUCGUCAACUUUCUGACAACAAAGAGGUGACACGUAGUGCAGAGGCAUUAUGGGAGGUGGAGAGAGGUACAACAUUCCAGUUUCCCACCCUGAGCACCCUUUGCCCAAGAAGAACCACCAACUUGGUCGGGCGAAGCAGAGAAGCCGUGACCAGAACGGAGCAGCAGCAUCUGCAGGAGGGGUAGGGGGCCGUCACCAUCAUGGCCACCGUCGGGGCGACAAAGGCGCAGCCUACCACAGGUCUCCAGAGGCACGGCAGGCCGUGUCUGCAGAGAAGAGUGCUUCUGUCCGUUUUGCCACCAACUAUGAUCAGAACUGGGAGGGUGCGGUGUCUCACCUCAACACGUUCCUGGCCACACAGGGAAGUCCGAGCUACGCGGGGCCUAAGUUCAGCGAGCCGCCCUCGCCCAGCGUGUUGCCUAAACCCCCCAGCCACUGGGUGUCCUUCCCAAUGGGCUCCCGUGACAACAGGGAGAUGAUGGCCUUCCAGCUCAAAAGCCUCCUCAAGGUGCAGGCCUGAGAAGGAUAGCCACACAUUCGUUCGAUCGUUUUUAAAGCCAAUGAACUGGGACUCUUUUGAGGGCACACACCCACCAGGAACACCUCAGUGCUGUAAUACUUUUAGCUGUUUUUAGAUUAACGUGUUAAGAGACAUUUGCAUGUUGUGAAUGUUUAUUCAACACCCUUUUUUAAAAGAUAUUGAGAUCAAGAUAUUACAGCCCUGGAGCCUUGCUGGUCGGUGAUGCUUUUUAUGGAGUCAGUUUCUGUGACUAUUGACAAACUGGAUAUCCUUUGUACUUCGUUUUGUUCUUUUUAAUGUUGGCCGUCAAAGCAGAUUGAGUGUACUUUUUCCCCCCAAAGAAGGAACAUAGUAUAGGUCAGGUAAAUUCCCAACACUUUUACGGUCCAUUUCUGUGGACAGACAUGCUUCUUCAUUGACGUACAUGAUGAUGAUGAUUCUUUAGAGCCACCUCUGAAGCUUAAGGUGCUAAAGUAAACUCACAUUUGUAGCAUUUUUUUGACUAGGGCCCACCUUCUUUUCUUUUAUGUAUCGUGUUCCUUGUUUGGGCUGGAAAAGAUACUCAACUGCAGUUCUGCAGGGAAAAAGGCUAUCUUGGAGGUAAUAAGCUGUAGUGAGUAAGUACAGGUAAAAGUGUAACCUCAAAGUGAAGGGUAAAAAGAGACCAUGGCACACAGGCCUUGGAUGGUCAACUCCUGUACCUUUUUUAUUGCGCUGUGCGCACAUGCACUAUAGGAGUUGAGCUUGUCUGAGGCCCACAAUACUCUAUCAUAGCAUUAUUUUGUACAAGUCCUUUUUUGUUGUGGUUGAAAGAUGUAUGAACUGCGGUGUGUAACCAAAGCAAUGUUUUUGCUGCAUUGUUUUUUUUCCUCUCUCUUUUUUGGACAUUCUGUGUGGUCAGUAUUGUUGCUGCUGCCACUUAAACCUUGCCAGCCCGAGUGGUGAAUGGGUUCGAGUCCCGGGGCACUUCUAGCUGUUCAUCUGUUUUAAUCAGUACUGUUAUUGCUCCCCAGUUCCAGCCUAUUCAGGGCAGUGCUGCAGCUUUAACAUGCGGAAGAGGACCAGGCUUGUAUGUGGGACUGCUCAGUUUCACUUUUUAAGUCAUAUGACCUGGUCCUGUUGGCUGUAUGCAUUAGCAAGCAAGGUAAGGCAGAGCUGAGGAAGGUUUCUGAACUGAAGUGGCCCAAGGGACUCGACGUGAGGCAGGAGGCUGGUGUUUAUGUUUACACAAUGGGUCUCAGCGGUGACCAUACCAUAAUCAACAGACACUGCCUCUUGCCUCUAGUUUGCCCUCUUGCACUGCAAUCAGACAAGUUUUAAAUAAGUUACAGGUUAGGAUGCUAUUGAAAUGAUGGAGGCGUAAUUGACUAUCUCCCUAUGGAUUCUCUAUUUUUGUUAUUCAAUCCUCUAUUGAGGCUCUCUUUGCUUCCCUUUGCAGAAUUGGAGCUGUUUAUGGCCAGCCUAAAGAUGACAAAACAAAGUAUGAGAGCUUGUUUAUGUGUUCAAGAGCCAUGUAUAUAAUGAAAUGUAUAAAGUACUUGUAGCAUAUGUACAUUUGCAGGCUGAGUUUGAGGCCUGGCUGACAAAAGUAUUUUUAGUAAUAACACUGAAUGUAUAAGACAUGCAGAGGACAUGUCUUGACUUCAAUACUGAAGAAUAUUUUUGUUAAAAAAAUCUGCCUAUAGCAUUUGUCAGUACCCCUGCACUGUUAUCUUUCCAGAGAUCUUGCACAUGUUUUUUAUUGUUUUGUAUUAUGCAGUGUAGGGUGAAAGAUGCUAAAUGCAAAUUAAGUAAAACUGCAACAAAAUAUCAAUUGGAUCCAAAGGAGACUUGCUUAUGUAUGUAUUUGAGUUCUGACUGUGCUUACAGCAUGUAAGCAUGAAGCUUUUAAUCUUGAGUUGACCUGUUGUGCCUAAGUUGAAACCCAUGCUGAAACUGACUAGUUUCAUGAGGUGGCAAUGCCACAAAUUGACCAAAUGUUUUUACCAGAACCAUCUUCAUUUCUCAGCUGUUCUUCCGCCAGCUGACAACUGAACAAGGUCUCAUAUUGUAGAAGUACUACCUGCUUUUGGUUGUUCAUGUCAACAUUUUCUUGCCCUGAUUAAGUCAUGCAUUGCAAUGUCUCCUUAUUCUAAAUUUGAAAUGUUAAUGAAUUGGCUGUUAAUUUGUCCCCCCUGAAAUGUCACUGAAGAUGAAAAUGGCCUGUUUUACAAUUGGUAUCAAUUGGUGUUUAAAGAAAAUGUUAAAGAAUACACUAUGAAUUGAUGACAAAAUACAAAAAAAAAAAGAAAAUAAAUCCCUUCCCCUCCCCCCAA